CUGAUGGCACCAUCAGAGGGAAGAGCCAGAUUUUAUCUGGAUUUGCAGCACUAUAAAAGUCAUGAGAUGAAGGUGAAAGUCAUUUCUCCUUCUUGAGAUCUUCUGAUCUUCGUUAACGGCAUCAUGACGUCAUUCUGCACAAUAGUAUAUGCGCCGAGUAAACUGGAAGAAGCCAUGAACAUGCUCCUCGGAGUGUUCGAGAAGUAUGCUGUAAAACAUGGCGACAGGUUGCAACUGAGUGGAAGCGAGAUGAGGAAUCUGUUCCGCGAAGAGCUCCAAGAACUCAUGAAGGAGGCAAGCAAUCGCCCUCAAAAAUUUGGGGAGAUCUUGUCUUCUCUGGACAAGAAUCUGGAUGGCCAAGUGAACUUUGAAGAGUUUGUUUCCAUGGCCACCAAGCUCAUUAUGUGCACCUCCUCCUACUUUGAUAAGUACGGUGGUGAUCUUAUGUGUGGUUAUGAAUAGAAAGCUCUAAAACUAUAAAUGUGAACGAGUUAAAGAUUGGUUAUAUACUCACAUUUGACACCUGUGAUUCAAAGUACAGUCACAAAGACUCCAGUUGCAAGCUCAACUUGUUCUGUCAGUAAUUUGAUCUGAAUAUUAAAGAUGAACUCUCAAAUUAACUCA